GACCCCAGGCGGCAUCUUAUAGCUGCGCAAGCUGCGCGUUCGACGCGCUGCGCAUUCGGUGACGAGAAUGAUUUCAAGAACACAUAGGUAGGACAAUGGGUGUGUAAACGAAACUGGGGAAUCACUUCUUGGAACACGUACUAGAUUUGUUAGAUCGGGUCAAGUAAGAUGUCGAGCCGGACCAGACCUGGCUACUGUCGCCAGGACGUGAACAAAACCACCUGGGAGGUACCGGAGCGGUACAGGGAUCUAAAACAGGUGGGGACAGGGGCGUACGGUACAGUCUGCUCUGCGGUGGACUUCAGGACAGGCACCAAGGUGGCCAUCAAGAAGCUCCACAGGCCCUUCCAGUCUGAGCUCUUUGCUAAGAGGGCCUAUCGGGAGCUGAGGCUGCUCAAACACAUGAAACAUGAAAAUGUGAUUGGCCUUGUGGAUGUAUUCACUGCUGACCUCUCCUUAGACAGAUUCCAUGAUUUCUAUCUGGUGAUGCCUUUCAUGGGAACCGAUCUGGGGAAGUUGAUGAAGUUACAGCAGCUCUCAGAGGACAAAGUACAGUUCCUGGUCUAUCAGAUGCUGAAAGGACUCAAGUAUAUCCAUUCUGCUGGCAUAAUUCAUAGGGACCUCAAACCAGGGAAUCUGGCCGUUAAUCAGGAAUGUGAGCUCAAGAUCCUGGACUUUGGGUUGGCGCGGCAGGCGGACAGUGAGAUGACAGGCUACGUGGUGACCCGCUGGUACAGAGCCCCUGAGGUUAUCCUCAGCUGGAUGCACUACACCCAGACUGUGGACAUCUGGUCUGUGGGCUGCAUCAUGGCAGAGAUGCUGUCAGGGAAACCACUGUUCAAAGGCAAUGACCACCUGGAUCAGCUGACUGAGAUCAUGAAGGUCACAGGGACACCCACUCAGGAGUUCAUCACCAAACUGCAGUCUCAGGAUGCUAAAAACUAUGUCAAAAGCCUUCCCAAAGUGCAAAAAAAAGACCUUCAGGCACUCUUUUCCACAGUCAACCCACAGGCGGUGACAGUUAUAGAGCGCAUGCUGCUGCUGGACCCAGAGAGCAGGGUGACGGCAGCGGCAGCCCUCGCCCUGCCAUACUUCUCAGAGUUCAGGGAGCCAGAAGAGGAGACCGAGGCCCAGCCAUACGACCACUCUGUAGACAACUCUGACCUGCCUCUGGAGCAGUGGAAACGUCACACGUUCACAGAGAUCCUGUCUUUCCAGCCCAUAGUGGUAGAGUCCAGGGAAACCGCACUGUAAGAUGAAGCGUCACACAAGGGGGGGUCCUCCUCUUGUGUGUAGUUUUUCAGCCAUUUUCACACCAAUGUGUUGUGGCCUCCUGUAUAAAGCCCAUAUUCAACUGAAAUUCUAGGAUGUUUCCUUGUGUGUGUAGCUGUGUAGUCUAAACAUUUGUCUGUAACCACUACUGAUCUUUCCUAAACCUUGUAAUUCCCUCUUAUUGCCUUAAUGAAAGAACAAUAGCAUACAGCCAAACAACAUCUGAAAACCAUUUACUAAAGUGUAAGCACAGCAGCAGUUUUCUGCCAAGGAAUGCACACACAUAAAAAUCAUUGGUAGCUUGUAAAAUGUUGCGCAAAAAAAUAUAUUUGUUUAUUUGCCAUUUACUGUAAUUUUUCCUUACACUGGUUGUAUUUUUUAUUAAACCCAGUUGUUAAAAAAAAAAAUCCCAGAUAUGCCACUAUGCAAAUAUCAUGCCAUUAGGCUACUUACCCCAAUAUGUAAUCAAUAUAGCUUCUUUUCUUUUAGAUGUAUGUAAAAACAUAUGUUUUAUGAUGGGAACAUGCAGUGAAUGCUCUGCCUGUAAUAAAACAAGGCAACAGUAAACAUGUCGUCCCCCAUGAAUUAUGCAGCGCACCCCCAAUUGCAAUAUUGCGUGUACCCACAAAUGAUCCAUUAUUAUUGACCAGAUACUCAAGUGGCCGCUCUAACAGUGAAAAUAAAUGUCUCCAAAAAGGGAAGGCAGUUAGCCUGGGUACCAGGCCAGGGCUUGACAUUCAGGUAAAUUUGCUAGUGGCACACCGGGCCAAGAUCACAGGAAAAGCAAGUUAUAUUCAAUUGUGGGUGAUUUCAUGUUUCAUUUGCAGUCUGGGCAAGUAUCUUAUAUUAUAGCCAACCAUAAAAUCUGAUAUUUACACUGUUUGUUUGGAGAGAAAAAAUAUAAAACCAUCCCCCCCUCGCAAUGAUGACAUAUAGCCUAUAUUAAACCGUUUAAGAUGUAAUAUUACCCAGAAAUGAGCUCAAUAACAAAUUGAUGAAAAGCAAUAUCUUUAGGUACAUAGUCCAUAUUAAUCAGGCAGGUGUGCUAUUUUAGCAAUAAGCCUUAUCACCUGUCUGAUGCAGCAUUGUGACUACAUGGCUGAAGCAUGGGGUUGCUCCUCUGCAUCGUUUACCACAAUGGGCUAAUCAUUAGCUAGAUCGCAGACUCUACAUAUGAUCUUGUUGCUUGUUUAAUGUCCUAAAAAGAACUCUCACUGGCACUAAUAAAAUCAUGGGAUUGUAUUAGUGCAGUGUAAUUGUGUGAAUUGUACAAUGACUAAUAGGUUUACCAUUUAUGCAUUGGAAUGGCUGACACACUUCCCGUGGUUACGCAUGGGCUAAAGGCUGGAGCUACUUCUUACAAGGAACGGGACAUGGACACAUACAAGAAGCCCGCUAUGACCUCCGCCGAGACAUCAAACAUGCAAAAGGACAAUACAGGAGGAAGGUGGAAUCCUAUUACACCGGCUCCAACGCUCGUCAUAUGUGGCAGGGCUUGCAGAUGGAUUACAAAUGGAAACCCGUGAGAUGCCCAGUGAUGCAGAACUCCAAAAUGAACUAAAUGCCUUUUAUGCUUGCUUUGAGUAAUACGACACUGAGUCUAGCGUGAAAGCUUCCAUUGUUCCGGAUGACUGUGUGAUCUCGCUCUCUGUGGCCGAUGUGACUAAAACGUUUUAAAAGGUUAAUACUAGCAAAGCUGCCAGGCCAGACGGAAGACCAGGGCGCGUUCUCAGAGCAUUCGCAGACCAGCUGGCAAGUGUCUUCACGGACAUUUUCAUCUCUCCUUGUCCCAGUCUGUAAUCCCAACAUCUUUCAAGGUGACUAUUAUUGUCCCUGUUCCCAAGAACUCCAAGGUAAAUGACUAUCGCCCUGUAGCACUCACAUCUGUAAUUAUCAAGUUCUUUGAAAGGCUAGUCAUGACACACAUCAACAUGAUCAUCCCAGACACCCUGGACCCACUCCAACUGCCCCACCACCGACCACCCCUCCUCUCUGAUUAGAUAGGGUCCCAAGUAUCCAAAAAUGUCAUCAGUGCUUUUAAAGUUGAUGACACUGCUCUUAAAAUAGCGUGUUCUCUCAUCUGUAAAAUAAAUAUCCAGAACUGAUUAGUGUUAUUAGUUUGGAUGGCUGCCCUACACUA